CUGAGAUGUUCGCUUCAAACUUCUCUGCCGCACUUGAGGGCAUUACGUCACAUGCGAACAGCUGGUUUGUUUUUGCAAGCUAUAUAUCUGUUGUGAAAUUCAGUACUUCCGUUUUGAUAUUGAAAUGCUGAAUGCACGUACGUCUCGAGUGGUUGUGAUGUUGUUCGAUGUUUGUCUUAUCACGAGCUAGUAGUUCUUGACAAGGAUUCCUUGCUUAAUAACGCACAUUUCCAUGGAGAAAUAUUUUUGGAGACAACCUUCUACAUCUUUGAGAAGACAUCUCUAAAACGUAUCUUUUGUUUACUUGGGGAGAUUAUAUCUUGGUAAGUUGAUAUAAGAUAUUUAAAUUCUAUAAUUGAUUGGUGUUAUUAUUCCGAUUCAUUCGUUUUUGUUCCGAUUUUGUUGUAGAAAUUUAGCAAAGGUUAAAAUGUUAUAUUUCGGUGUAGUCCCAGUCAUACACAGUGAUAGGAAGAGACGUACUAUAUAAUUUUACGCUCUCUACAUAGCAUUCCAAAAUUGCCAUCCAGUCAUGAUCCGGUGAUGGAAAUGUUCCAUUGUCUUUUCAUUGUUUUAAUGUAUUGUAUAUCAUGUUCUAGUAUUUCCUGUUGUAUUAUGUUAGAAUUCCUGUAAUCUAUAACCGUGAUUUCAAAAUUAAAGACGCAAAAAUCCUCACAGAUUUAGUAUUAGUAGAAUCUCACCCCCCCCCUCAAAAAAUUGCGCACAUAAUUCCACAGCAUGCCCGCUAUAAUCACGCGUCGACACAACUAAUCACUACAACAUGACAUCUGACACAAACCAGACUGCAUACUGAAUAGGAUUGCCGAUUGAUGAGAGCAGUUUUUUUAAUAAAAUGCGCUGAUAUCAUCUGUGCUGGUAUGAAUUUUUAAAUCAAUUUCCAUUCAAACCGUCACUUUGUGUGCUUGUCCUAUGAUUUGCGUUAUGAAAUAUGAUUUGCAUUGUGACGUUUGUGUUGUUGUUUUUUUUGCCGGAAAAUAUGUCGAGUCCCUCCCAACUAAUUCACAAAAUAAUCAAACAAGAAUGAUGGCCAGUCCUCAGCUGUUAUCACUUCGCAGAUAGUUUAUCUCCAAGAUAUUAUCAGUUUAUUUUAUCUACAUACAUUAACAUAAAGGCAUAUUUUAAACUCUAUCUGUUAAGUGGUAGGCUAGUCGAAAAGUUUUAUAUCUGCUUUUAUAUUAAUGAGCGGCGAGUGAAAUCCUCCCACAUUUACCAUUCUUGUAUAUGGCGAAGCCUGGCAUACGCAUGUUUUGAAAAUGUUUUUAAAUUUAUGUCAAAGCGAAUAUAUUACUGCAAAAUAUGCAAAUUUACUAUCGCUUCACAUUACGCUGUUUAAAUUUUCGCUCAGUAUAUACAAAACAUUGCCUUGAGCUAAAACGAGUUUAGUGGUUUAAUCAAGUAAAUAAUUUUUUUUAACAUUUUUUGUUCGAUGCGGAAAUUAUUAAUUAUAUUUUUUUUUAAAGCCGAGUGUUUUGUGUAAUGAUUGCAAGCCGUGUUAGAUCUCAGGUAUAUUGUGUUUGACAAUUAAUGCUUUUCUUAACAGGGCAAGCGAUAUUUUUUACUGUAUAGUUACGCCAUUGAAAUUAAACCACAGCUUAACUGGUAAAUGGUAAUAAUUCAAGUACGGAUCAAAGGAAAGUCUUCCGUUUUUAAUAUAAACAUGAACCAAGUUUCGAUAUGAACUCCACAAUGUAUGUUGUUUUAAAACCCCGGAUCAAAUAAUCGUAGCGACAUUUUUUUCUUCAAAUUGGUCUACAUUUGUAUUAUUAGCGAGCGGAAAUGAGUUUAUGAUGAGUGUAUUUACGAAAUCUUACACUUUAGUCUUAGCUGUAUUUCAAUGUCGGAAUUACUCACUGUCAAAAUUUAAUAUCAAUCAUGUCAAGUGUUCACACCAGACGGAUCUGAAAAUUCGCAUUUGUGAUUUGUUCACACGGAACAUCGUACAAUCUAGCUGGAUGUAUAAUAUUCCAUACUGAGGUGUCACUAUUGACAAAGGGACGCAAAGCUAUCUAGAGAUACAUGCCAGGAACAACAUAUUUUGCAUUUGUGUGUAUGAUCACAGUAAAAGUUGCCAAAGUCAAUAAAGACGAUCUUUAAACAUGAUUGUUCAAACAAAAAAACACGAGGUGUCAUCAAAAUUCAUUAAAGCAGUGAGCAAUGCGAUCUUAAACGACGCAGAUAAACUGUAGAUUUAAAUUUCCAUAAAAUACAGCGAGUUAUUUUAGCGCACGCUUUUUAUAAAUAGCUACGGACACCCGUUUUCAUAAGCCCAUUUUCUGUUGACCUUUCUAUCUCAAACAAACGGAAAGAUUUGUGUUUUUUUUCGAUGGAUUUUACGUUCGCGCAAAACUAAUUAUUUCUCCGCCGUAAUUGGAUUAAUCUGAAUUAUUUUUACACCAAAAACAUAACCUGACGUGUUUAUCGUAAAAUGAUCUGAUUAGCACUGUGUUUUAUUGAUGAAAUUCGUUUAUAGAUACAUUUUUGUUGGGGGAAAAUGAGUCCUUGGUAAUAAGACGCUCAAGGAAAUGCGAAUUUGAAGAGGCCAUUAAAUAAAUAUCUGUGUCUGUUUGUGUUGAUAGGUCUUUAAUCAGAGGUGGUGCCUUACAAGCCAAUAGCGAGACAACAAUCAUUCACUGAGUUCAACUGUUCAAGCUUCCUCGCGUUUCAUAUUAUUUGCCUCACGAGAGGUUCCAACCGAGACGCUGCGUUUAAAUUAUCCACGUUUGCAAGACCAGUAUCUAUUUGAAUCAUUCGUCGGAUGUGUCAAAGCGCGCACCGUAUUGUCUGUUGGAAAGUUUGGUCAGUGAAGCGCAAGAAAGGACGCGAUUUAUGCUGAAUGACUUACGAAUAAACUGCGCGCGGAUUCAUUUCUCGGAUGAAUGUAAUGAACGCCAAGAAAUUCUGUCUUGUAAUAGGUUCUUCGAUUGUAUUGUACGCCGUAUUCUCAGUGCUGGUCAAGACAAACUACAUUCCGCUGAGUAGAGGACGUAAUUUAUUCAGGACGCAAUCUAAUCAAGAUGGAUUUAUAAACAAUCACGCGCGUAUUAAAACAGACGCGCCGACGAUCACACGCCAAGAUUAUGCGCGCGUUUCUCCAUCGCAACUACAACGGCCAAGUAUGAACUCAGAGAGUCAUAUCAAGUAUAAUGUAUCUUUGUCACCAGAUUGCUAUACUAUAGUCCGGCCUGCCGAGAGCCUGAAUUCAAUACCCUCCGAUUUAGAUCGGAAAUCCAUUACCCAGCUUGAAACUGAAGCCACAAUAGCAAGCAAACAGGGCGAAGCUGUGAAACGUUUCCCUACCACUUUAAUCAUCGGUGUACGAAAGGCUGGAACCCGCGCUUUGCUAGCAAUACUCAGGCUACACCCGCAAGUGAAAUCAUGCGGGCCUGAGGUACAUUUCUUCGAUCAACGCUAUCCGCGCGGUUUACAAUGGUACCUGGAUCAAACACCCGACGUUCGGGCCGGACAACAAACUAUUGAAAAAACUCCGAGUUAUUUUGUAGUCAAAGGAGUACCGGAACGCAUCCUCGAAUACUCGAAAUCUAUCAAUAAAAGUUUAAAGUUUUUAGUGAUUUUCCGUGAUCCAACCGUCCGCGCGGUUUCCGAUUACGUGCAAUUGAAUCUUGGCGUUCAGACGAAAUACCACAGAGCUCUAAAACCUUUUGAACAAAUGGUUAUAAAAAAUAACUCCGCACUUAAAAUCGAUACAUCGUGGGGCGUUAUAAAGACGGGAGUCUACGCAAAACAUUUAGAAAGAUGGCUUCGCUAUUUUCCGCGCGAAUGGUUUCAUUUCGUCAGCGGUGAAGAAUUGGUCAAUAAUCCUUUCCAGGAAAUUAAGAGGGUGGAGAGAUUUCUAGAAAUUAAACCGUAUUUCAGAAAGGCUAAUUUUGUGUUUAACGAAAAAAAGGGUUUUCCCUGCUUUCGCGGGGCAGCCAAAAAGAAUGAACGGUGUCUGGGAAAAACCAAAGGUCGCGCGCACCCAACAGUCGAUCCCAGAAUUCUUAGCGAACUGCGAAGAUACUACCGACCAUUUAAUGAACAACUGUACAAAAUGACAGACCGUAAUUUUCAGUGGCCGUAGAGCUAACUGCAAAGACGGAAUCGAAUUGAAAUUAUUUAUUGUGUAUUAUUUAGCAUUUUGUUUUUAUAUAGGUAGGACGGAAGUUGAAUAUAAUAAAAUUUAAAAGAAGUAUUCGUUUGGUGAAUAUUUUUGUACGAACACGACUAUUAC